ACAAACUUAGAUCAUAAAUGUGCUAAAGCAUACCAACCAUUACAGACUUCACUUCUGCAAAUAUUCUGGACUUCUCUGUGCCAUGUUGUGCGACUGGUGUUCCAUGAGGAAUUUGUCUUCAUGAAGAUUCCUAAUAUUGGUAAUGUGAUGAAUAAAUUUGAGAUCCUUGGGGUUGUAGGUGAAGGAGCCUAUGGUGUUGUACUUAAGUGUAGACACAAGGAGACACAUGAAAUUGUGGCGAUUAAGAAAUUCAAAGACAGUGAAGAAAAUGAAGAGGUCAAAGAGACAACUCUACGAGAACUUAAAAUGCUUCGUACAUUGAAACAGGAAAAUAUUGUAGAACUAAAAGAAGCUUUUAGGAGAAGAGGAAAACUCUAUUUGGUGUUUGAGUAUGUAGAGAAAAAUAUGCUUGAGUUGCUAGAAGAAAUGCCAAAUGGAGUCCCACCUGAAAAAGUAAAAAGUUAUAUCUACCAGCUAAUUAAAGCAAUUCAUUGGUGUCAUAAAAAUGAUAUUGUUCAUAGAGAUAUUAAGCCAGAAAACCUCCUAAUAAGCCACAAUGAUAUUUUGAAAUUGUGUGACUUUGGUUUUGCACGGAAUUUGUCAGAAGGCAGCAAUGCGAACUAUACAGAAUAUGUUGCCACCAGAUGGUAUCGCUCUCCUGAACUCUUGUUAGGUGCCCCCUAUGGCAAGUCUGUAGAUAUGUGGUCAGUAGGCUGUAUUCUUGGGGAACUUAGUGAUGGACAACCACUGUUUCCUGGUGAAAGUGAAAUUGAUCAACUUUUUACAAUUCAGAAGGUAUUGGGACCACUUCCUGCAGAACAAAUGAAGCUUUUCUACAGCAAUCCCCGUUUCCAUGGCCUGCGGUUCCCUGCAGUCAACCAUCCACAAUCUUUGGAAAGGAGAUACUUGGGAAUUUUAAGUGGUGUUUUACUUGAUCUUAUGAAGAACUUGCUGAAACUGGAUCCAGCUGACCGAUACUUAACAGAGCAGUGUCUGAAUCACCCAUCAUUUCAAACUCAGAGGCUGUUAGAUCGUUCACCUUCACGUUCAACUAAAAGAAAACCUUACCAUGGAGAUAGCAACACUUUAUCCAGCAGAAAUCAAGCUAGCAAAGGUACUGCUGUGCAGUCUCAUCACAGAUCAAACAGCAAAGAAUUACAGAAUGUGGGACUGCAAAGAGAAGAUGGACUUUCAACAAAUGAAAGCUUUUUAAAUGGAAAUCUUUCUGCAACUUCUCACAGUCCAAUGCUGUCAAAAAAGCCAAACAAUCUUCCUUCAUCUGGAAGUAAGGAUCUAGCAAAUAACAACAUACCACAUCUUCUCAGUCCAAAAGAAGCAAAGACAAAAAAUGAAUUUGAAUUUAAUUCAGAAUCCAAAGCUUCAGAUGGUCCAGGUACUAAAUAUCUGAAGUCAAAUUCCAGAUCACAGCAUAAUCGUCAUUCAUUUAUGGAAAGUUCGCAGAACAAAACUGGCACACUACAACUAGGUGAAAGACAUAGCCGUCACAGUUAUAUUGAUACUAUUCCACAGUCUUCAAAGAGCCCCUCAUAUCGCACCAAAUCAAAAAGUCAUGGAGCCCUGACUGAUUCCAAAUCUGUGGGUAAUUUGUCUGAAGCCAGAGUUCAAGUUCCAGAAUCAAACAGCAGUAGGUAUUUUCCAUCCAGCUGCUUAGACUUAAACUCUCCUACUACACCAACACCUCCUCGUCAUGCUGACAAUAGAACUUUGCUUAGUCCUUCUGGGAGAAAUAACAGAAGUGAUGGUACGCUGGAAUCACGAAGGCCAUCUACAAGACAUUCCAAAACCAUGGAGGAGUUAAAGUUGUCAGAUCACAUGGAUGGAAGCCACUUACAUUCUGCAUCUGCUCCUCAUGAAUCUUUUUCUUAUGGUUUAGGCUACACGAGUCCUUUUUCUUCACAGCAGCGCCCUCAUAGACAUUCUAUGUAUGUGAGCCGGGACAGAGUGAGGACAAAGGGCUCAGAGGGUGGCUUAAGCGUAGGGCAAGGGAUGGCAGCCAGAGCAAACAGCCUGCAACUGUUAUCUCCACAGGUGCAGCAUAAAUCUCUCACAAGAUCUGUUGGUUCUUCACGUGAAGACUGUACAGAAGAUUCCAGUAGGGGUGGAACGUAUCAUGAUCAACACCCAGAUGACGGAGCAUCCACAAAAGAAAAUAGACUUCUGUAUAAUGAUUCUGUACCUAGAAGAGUUGGUAGCUUUUACAGAGUCCCAUCUCCACGUCCAGAAGGAACAUUUCUAGACAAUAGUGCCUCAAACAGAAUACCUGCAUUGCCUGCAGAAAGCAGUGGUGUAACAAGCCAUUCAAAGAGACAAACUGCUUUUGAUCCCUGGAAAAGUCCUGAAAAUGCUCAUUCUGAACAACUAAAGGAAAAAGAAAAACAAAGUUUUUUCAGGGCAAUAAAGAAGAAAAAGAAGAAAUCUCAGUCAACAGAAUCUACCAAGAUGGAGAACCCAAGCAUCAAGAAAUCUCUCUUUCCUCUUUUUAUUUCAAAGAAUCAUUUAAAGCAUAGCUCUUCUUUGAAAAAGAAUCCUGUAGUCACUCUACCUAUGAUGCCUGGAAGCGACAGUCAGGAUCUUUUGGCAAUACAAAAAGCUAUUCACUCAUCUAACCACCCAGCCAGCAGGCAGAAGGAUUGGCAUUCUGAAAAGAUGACAGAAAUCCAAGGACAUAGCCAGCCUCUAAAAUCCUUACGCAAGCUGCUGCAUCUCUCCUCCUCUUCCUCAAACCAUUCAAUUCCUUCUGAGCCCCGAUUCCAGCCCUUACCAAAUCAGCCAGCUAAAACUUCUUUUUCUGAAGUUCGAAUUCAUCCUAUGAGUCAAGCUUCCACAGCCAGCAGCAGCAACAUACGCCAAGAACCCCAAUCAAAAGGCAGAGCAGCCCUCCAGAUCCCCGGCCAGAUGGAGCCAGGCUGGCACGUUUCCCCAGGGAACAGAAGUGCCAGCGAGACAUCGUCAUACUCGGAUCAGAUGGCUUCUAAAAGUGGGCAAAAUGGGCAUACGUAUAACCGAACAAACCGAUCUCGAAUGCCAAAUCUGAAUGAUUUAAAGGAGACAGCUUUGUAAUAGUAUCCAAGAAAGUGAUAUUGCAGGGAUUUGCCAAGGGACGUGGUGAUGGUGGUGAUUGGAGUAGCGAUUGCGUCCGCAGCUUUACAAAAAGAGUGUGCAAUAUGGAGUGUGUGUAGCUACUGCCACAUCAAUAGGGAUCAUAUGGUGAAAUGAACUUUAUUAAUUGCCAUUCAUUCACUCAGUAU